ACCAUCCCGGCCCCGCUCCCAGCCCCGGCCCGGCACCGCCUCCCGCUCCCGCUUCCGCCGCCGCGGGGGCGGGACCGGCCCCGUUAAAGGCGGCGGGGCCGGGGAGGCGCCGCGUCCGCCCGCGCCAUGGCCGAGGCGGCAGCGCAGGAUCUGCUGCUGGCAGCGGCGUUUGUCUCCGAUGCGCAGUACAACAGGAAUAUUCCUUUCAAGACCUCCCCGGAGGCCGUCAGGCUUUAUCACCUCUAUAACCACUGGAUGAUGCGGACAGCCACCUACUUCUUCAUCUUCCUCAACCUGUCCCUUGCCCUGUUUGAGGAUCCUGCUGUGUAUCCGCUCCCCUUCCUGGCCACGUCAGUGCUGGAGGUGUUGUGCCUUCUGGUGUUCCUCGGCCGGCUGACACACUUUGCCAAGGUCACCCUGCACAACGUGUUCUGGAAGGACACCAAGAACAUCUGCAUCAUGGUGGCAAUCCUGCUGUCCCUGACAGACCUGGCCAUCUAUGGGGUGCUGAGGCUGUAUGAGGUGAGGAGCAUCCGGUGGUCAAGGAUUGUGAGGCCCAUCUUCCUCAUCAACUUCGCAGAGAGUCGCCAGAUCCGGAGGGCCUUCCGCAGCAUCCGCAACACGCUGCCCGAGAUCACCUACGUCUUCCUGCUCUUCAUGUUCAGCCUCCUCAUGUUCUCCCUCAUGGCCUUGAAGCUCUUUGGAGAGAGGAAUCUCCAGACAGCAGAAGGCUUGCCCUACUUCAGAAACUACCUGGAGAUUGUGUUUGACCUCUACGUGCUGGUGACAACAGCCAACAGCCCGGAUGUCAUGAUGCCAGCGUUUGACUUCAGCUCCUGGUACGCCCUGUUCUUCAUCGCCUUCGUCAUCGUCAACACUUACAUCUUCAUGUCUCUCUUCCUGGCUGUGGUCUACAACAACUACAAAAAACACCUGAAGAACGAGAUCCGUAAACUCGCCUACAUGAAGCGCCGCAAGAUGAUCGAGGCCUUCAACCUCCUGAAGGAAGAGGAGGGAGAGCAGUUCGUGGUUCGGGAAGCCCGGUGGAAGCAGCUGGUCAAGCUGGUGGCUCCUGACACCAGCAAUUCCCACCGGGAGCUGCUGCUGCGCAUCUCGGAUGAUGAGCAGAAAGGGUUCGUAGACAAGAAGUCCUUCGUGCAGCUGGCAGACCUGCUCAACAUUCAGGUGGUGACGCUGAGGAUCCGCAGGCACCCCCUGGCGCGCUGGGCGCCCGCCCUGUACGGAUCCGCGCCCAGCCGGCUCCUGCGCGGCGUCGUGAGGCACAGGGCUUUUGUCUGGACUUAUGAUGCCAUCAUCCUGAUAAAUGCUGUCUUCAUUGCUCUGGAUGAGGAAAGCCCCUACAUUUCCUAUGCAGAGUGGGUGUUCCUUGCUCUGUACAUCCUCGAGAUCCUCCUGAAGGUCUACACUUAUGAACCCAGGGAGUUCUUUGGCAAAACCCAGUUCUGGAACUGGUUUGAUACCCUCAUCAUCUUUGCUGCCCUGACUGCAACGAUUCUCAAUGCCACCCUCAAGUCCACCAUGAAGUACAACAGCCAGCAGAUCCUGGACAUUGUGUUCAUCCUGAGAGUCCUCAGGCUGAUCCGGAUUGUUGACAGCAUUCAGAGGUUCCAGGUCAUCAUGAACACCCUGAUAAACAUCGUCCCGACCAUGCUGACUUUUGGUGGGCUCACUCUGGGGAUAAAUGCAAUUCCCUGGAUGGCAGGCCCUUGGAACUGUUGUGUAUUGUGUGUUUGCUAUCAUUGGCAUGGAGUUAUUCCAUGGGAAAAUCCAGUACUUCCCAGCCAACUCGAAUGCUCCUCACGCCCUGGAAUGUGGGAAUCCAGCUCUCAAGGAUUCCCUAUUUGCCCGUGGGAAGUACUGCAAGAACAACUUCAACAACUUUGCCUCGUCCUUCAUCGUCCUCAUGGAGCUCACUGUGGUCAACCAGUGGCACGAUAUCCUUUGUGGGGCACGUUCCCAGCUGGAUCCUUGGGAAAUCUGCUGGGUUUCUGUUUCCUCCCUCAGCUCCUCCUUUCCUCUUUUCCCUUAACUCCCACUCCACUCUUUGCCAAUGGAUUUGCCAACGUGACAGCUCAGCCUGCCAAGCUCUACUUCAUCGCCUUCCACAUUGUGAUGGUGAUAAUCAUUGUCAAUAUCUUCGUGUCCUUCAUCUUGGAAGCUUUCUUUGUGGAGUACUCCCUGGAGAAGAGUGAAGUGGAAACUGCCAUUGAGCAGAAAAUCCAGGAGCUGGGAAUGGGAGUUCAAGAGAAUUACGAGGCUCAGAUCCGGAAUUACCGCGGGCCCGACCCGCUGGAGCCGUGGGACAGGUACCUGCGGUGGGCAGAGGGAUGCCUCCCGCUGCCAGAGAAGCAGAGCCGCUGGCCCGGGCUCCUGGAGGAGCUGGUGGAGCUGUUCGUGAGCGACAGGCGCUACCAGCAGGACCCGCGCUUCGUGGGCUACUGCCUCAAGCUGGCAGAGUUCAUCUCCUCCCCGUGCCAGUACUUGGAGUACCUGCACGGGCAGGGCAUCGGGGCCAAGAGCUCGGAUUUCUACCUGGCCUGGGCUCAGCUGCUGCUCAAGGAGGGAAACGUGCAGGGAGCAGCAGCCGUGCUCCAAAAAGGGCUCCUCAACCAGGCACAGCCCCGGGAGAACCUGCAGCAGCUCCACUGCUCCCUGCAGAGUUAUGAUCCUUGGAAUCCUCCUUUGCAAGACGCUGCUAUUGUAAAACCACUUCAGACUUCCCACGCUGCAAAUCAAAUGGCUCCUCCAAAAGGUGCUUCAAGUCCUAAUCCCUGCAAAACUCAGGCUCCAGAAGCUGCUGGUUCUCAAUCCUGUGCUGCUGGAAAAGAAGUGAACUACGUCACCUACAUCUCCAAGUCCGAGGUCGCGCCGAAGCCGCCGUCGGGCGCUGCCGGGUGUGAGCAGGUGCCCAUGUACGACAAGAACCUGCUCCUGUGCCAGGGCUCCGAGCUCUCCUUCGAGGAGCUGAGGGCCAAGAGAUACUUCAGGAAAUAUGAGCUCCUCAGGAAGCAGCAGGCACUGGAGGAGGAGAAGAAAGACUCCAUGAGGAAAAAGGAGUCGGCAGUGCUGGAGCUCCAAGCCCUGCAGCAGAAGCUGGACCAGCUCACCCAGCUCUCCAGGAGCCUGGAGGAAACCAGACUGGAACCAGCAGCUGAGCCAAACCAGAGGGUGGUGCCCCCACCUGUGAGGCCCAGCACAUCUCACACCCCAGGGAGCUGGAUGGCACCUGCUCCAGGGCUGGAUGUGCCAAAGGGCCAAGCUCUGGUGCCUGAGCAGCCCCAAUUCCAGGCACCGCCAGCGACCGCUCCCACCCUGCGGCCAGCGAAGCCCCUUGGCAACCACAUCCCAGCUGCCUCCCCCUGGGAAGCACCAAAGGACCCAGCUGGAGCUCGGGCAGAGCUUGGGGAGCUCCAGAAGAGUUUGCUGCACCCUGCCUUCAGUGCUGCUCCAGCCCAGGAACGGGCUCAUCCCAACCCAGCUCUGCCUCGGAGCGCAGGAGAACUGUCCCCUAACAAAGGAUCCGCUGGAUUAACUCCUGCUGUGGAUGUGAAGGAAGCCUCCAGAGUUGGGAAUUCCUCCUUUGCCUAUGGAAAUGCUUCCCAAGCCACCCCCAACACCUCUCUGGGAGGAGCAGUGGGGGCGACAACGCCCUUCAAGGUGCAGCCCUCACCCACAGUCCACACCAAGGAAGCCUUGGGUGUUCUCAUGGAUAUGUUCCAAACACCGUUCUUGCCUGAGCCAUCUCCCCUGGAAGACAGUGAGGAACAAUUUGAAGCCUUUUGCAGAAAAAGUGAGCCUGGUGGAUGUUUGAAAACCACGAUUGUUGUCCCUGCCACUCCUGCAUUUGCCAUCUUUGAGGAUGAGGAGGAGAAGGAGAAUGGCAGGAUCCCACAGCACAAGAGCAAACCAGAAGAGCCCAGAACUUUUGGAGAACAUCCCUUGACUGACUGUGCAGCAGAAGAAGAGACAGGGACCACGGAAUUCCUGCGGGAUGAUUACACGGUGUGGAAUGGCCCCUGCAGCAACAAAGCCCUGGCUCCCAGUCCAGACAACACCAGGGAUUUUGCCCGAGCUGCCCAGCUCAUGUCCACACCCUUUAAUUACCUGGCAGCUCCUUCCCACCCCCCUUUGCAGGACAGAGCCUGUAAGGAAAACUUGCCCCAAAUGAAUCUGGAAUUCUCUGAAGAACUGCACAGGCAGCCAAAGCCCAAGAAGUUAAGCCCUGCUCUCGAACACGUCCCGGAACAGAGAGGGCUUCAUGGUAAGGCCCUGAAACAAGGGACUGGGAUCCAGGGAAUUGCUGCAGCUGCUUCCCAACCACUGCACGAGCAGACAGCUCAAAGCAGAACUGGACACUCCUCCUGCCUUGGGGUGGAUAGACCUUCCCAGGAGAUGCCCUGUGGAGCAGGGCAGGACAGGACAGCCUGGAGCGGGAGACCUGCAGUCCUUGUUGAGAACCCUUGGGACAAGGAAUUGAUUGGCAAGUUCUUGUCGGAGCUUCCGAAGCCGCUCCACACCUACGCCAACUACUUUGAGUGGAAAUCUCCCCUUCCAUUCAUCAAAGUGAAGGCUCAGCUCUCACUGGGUUCCAGCUCAUUCCACGUGGACUGCUUGGCUGGAGAAGGAGCUUUUGCCCAAGUCUAUCAAGCUUCCAUCCUGGAUGCCAGUAACCCUCAGAAUAAUCAGAAAGUGAUAUUCAAGGUCCAGAAACCUGCCAACCCCUGGGAGUUCUACAUUGCAACCCAGCUGGUGGAGAGGCUGAGCCCCAGCGUGCGCCACCUCUACAUCCACUUCUACUCUGCCCAUUUCUUCCCCAACGGCAGCGUUCUGGUGGGGGAGCUCCACAACUACGGAACGCUGCUCAAUGCCGUCAACAUGUACAAGAAGCUCCCAGAGAAGGUGAUGCCCCAAGCCCUUGUCAUCUACUUCGCUGUCAAAAUCCUUCACAUGGUGGAGGAGUUGCACAGCUGCAAAAUCAUCCACGGGGACAUCAAACCUGACAAUUUCAUCCUGGGAGAAAGGUUCCUGGACAACAGCACGUGUGACAUCGAUGGGCUCUGCCAUGGCCUGACCCUCAUUGACCUGGGCCAGAGCAUCGACAUGAAGCUCUUCCCUGAGGGAACAGCCUUCACUGCCAGGUGUGAAACAUCUGGAUUCCAGUGCGUGGAAAUGCUGACCAACAAACCAUGGAACUACCAGACAGACUACUUUGGGGUGGCAGCCACCGUGUACUGCCUGCUCUUCGGGACCUACAUGCGCCUCAAGGAUGACAACGGGGUCUGGAAGCCUGAGGGGACCUUCAGGAGGCUUGCCAACGCUGAGCUGUGGAAAGAGUUCUUUGAGAGCCUGCUGAACAUUCCCAGCUGCCACAACCUGCCUUCCCUCAGAGUCCUGCGCCAGAAGCUCAAGGAUUUAUUUUGCAGGUCCUACGCUAAGGAAAUCAAGUUCCUUCGGAACAGACUUGUUGUGUUGCUGCUCGAGCACAAACGCUCACGGAAAUAAGGGCUGAGUUUGCCCAGUUUCCAAGGACUUGGGGUUUUAUGGAUGUGGAAUAUUUUUGUAAUAACUUGGUUUCAAAUAAUAAACGGGUUUGGGGUUGACUUCA